UUGCUCGAUUAUGAUACCUGUCUUCUGGAACGAGCAUAUUCUGGUGCAAGAUAUCCUUAAGAUUCAUUACAAUGUUGGUGAGAAACGCUUUAAAUGGGUACCUAUAGAAUUUACCUGAAAAAUAAUUCAAGAGUAAAAGCCAGAAAACAUGGAUUACAGGAAACGACUGAGAAUCCUACAGCGGGCGUCGGAAAGUGUCGGAGGGAGGUGGUCCAUGCUGGAGGGAGCCGAGGAGCCGGACGUGAUUAACAUCAGAGACAUCACCCAGCAAAAGGACGACUCGGACGCCGUGGAUUACGUCUCCCACGUGCUCGUGGGUGAGCUGCUGGAGCACUUCCUGUUCAGACUCCUCAUGGUCACUGUCAUUGUCAGCAACUGCAUCAUCAUAGCCUUCCAAACCAAUGACGUCACCGCCAAGAGGUACGACACCGCGUUCAGCAUCUGCGAGUGUAUUGUCCUCACCGUCUUCAUCUGGGAGAUCCUGGUCAAGUGGUAUUAUGGCUUCAGUGUUUUCUGGAAGAAUGGCUGGAAUGUCCUGGACUGCUUGGUCACGUUGGCUCUUAUACUCGGACCCCUGAUGUUUCCACAGGGCGGGGCUAGUUUGCUGAAGGUCACCAGGGUGUUACGAGUCAGCCGGUGUGUCCGGGUCUUCGCCUCCGUGGAGGGCGUGGCCGUGAUGAUCUCCGUCAUUACGCAGUCCCUCCCAGACAUGGCCAACAUCUCCAUCCUCCUUGCCGUCAUCAUGAUGGGGUUUGCAGUGUUUGGUGUGACCCUGUUCAGCGCUGCCGUCCCUUCAGCUUUUGGUGACCUGGCCUCAGCUCUCUAUACCCUCUUCAUUUGCAUCACCCAGGACGGAUGGCACAGCAUCUACUUGGAGUUUCAGGAUACUGAUGAAGGGCUGUGGUAUGGAGCGUCUCUGUACUUCUUCAUCUUCCUCACUGGUGGAGCUUUCAUCUUCGCCAACCUCCUCGUUGCCGUGGUUACCACCAACCUGGAAAUGGUUGUGAUCGACUCUGACAACAAGAACUCCAACGACUGUUCGCUGGCAGCGCUGAUGCAAGAGGACACAGAAGGCUUAAAGGACGAAGGGAUUAUCCAUGUUGAGGAAGUGGUGACCAAAACCGAUAUGACCCGGCGUCAGAAGCCCUGGAGGGGCACCUGCCUGGAGAACCUGACCAUGGACACCUUUGAGGAGUUGGUCCUGGUUAUGUCCGCUAUACAGAAGAACAUGGCUGCCUACAGAGAGAUACAGCAAGAGCUGGGGAGAAUAGUAGAGGAGGUGCAUGGCCUGUCGUUCAACGCCGAGCAGGAGCAGGAGGUGAUACUGAGAGACCAAAUGGCCUGGACCCUCCAGGACAACCUGCUGAUGAAUGACAUCGCCACCGGCCGAACUGGAGACAUGCUGUCCACCCUCAUCACCCUGGAGAAGGCCCACGUCAUAGAUACGAACACGGCGACCCCCCAGCUGUUCCGGAAAGGCAUGCGCCACACCGCAAGGAGGCUGUCCAUGGACAGCCAGCCGCACCUGGCGUCUACGUCCACACACCAGGACACCGGGCACAGUGACACCGCCGGCUCAAACCACAGCGCCAGCUGA